AUGUCCUCUGUUGAAGAUUCCGCCAACAAGAUCUGUAUUGACAAGUUCGACGGCGACAACUACGCGACAUGGAGCCGCUACAUGCGUGGCGUAUUCCUGACCAAGUCGACGUGGCACGUGGUCAACCUGGAGACCUUUCCCACCUUCACCGAUCCUCGCACCAGUGAUGAGUACGUCAAGACCAACAACGUUGCGUUCGGCUUGAUGUUACUUCACAUGAGCGCAGACUACCAUCACAUCGUCGAUGACUGUGAAGAGGCGUGGGUCGCGUGGGCGCGUUUGAAGACUCUCUACAGCGGAUCGCAGAAGGCUGGACGGAUCUUCUUGAAGCGACAGCUGUUCAGCAUGGAGAUGGCGGAAGGCGGCAAUGUAAUGCAUCAGUGCAAUGAAGUUCUCAACAUAAGCGCCAAGCUCAGCAGCAUCGGCGCCAAGAUGGAGGACGAGGACGUGGCGAUCUGCUUGUUGCGCAGCCUCUCCAAGAGCUACAAGAACGUCGUGCUGAACUUGGAGAUGAGCAGCGCUGAACUGCGGACGCAAGAUGUCGUGGAACUGCUGACGAAUGAGCACAUAAAGAGACAAAAGAAAAAAAAGACGACAUCGGUGAAAACUGAAGAAGCUACCAAGGCCUUCAGUACCGAGCGUGAGGUUCGUCGGUGUACGUUCUGCGAUAAAUUGGGGCACACAGUAGAGAAGUGCUGGACCAAGCAGAAGGAAGAAAAUCGGGGAGCUCGACGCGGCGGCAAUGCUUGUGGACGCGGAGCAAAUCAAGCUCAGUGGCAAGGCUACAACUGCAACAGCAACUAUGACUGUAAUCGAGUGGUGUUUGCUGUUUCGCUGGAAUGCGGACUUUCAACGACCAAGAGCAUAUUUGGAAUGUGGGCGAUUUACAGCGGUGCAACACAUCACAUCUGCUAUGACAAGUCCAAGUUCGAAGUUCUGGACGAAUGA